CGGGGGUCCGGCCGGGAUCGGGUCUCUCCCCAGCUCAUCGCGGCCGUGUGUCCGUGUCCUUGCAGGGCAAGCACAAGAAGGCGCGGAAGUACGCGGUCAUGAAGCGCAUGAUCAGCCUCCGGGAUGAGCGCAUUAAAGAGAAGGAUCGCGCAAAAGCCCCCGUGAAGAAGAAGGAGGACCCGAGUGCCAUCAAAGAGCGGGAGGUCCCCCAGCAUCCCUCUUGCUUGUUCUUCCAGUAUAAUACACAGCUGGGCCCCCCUUACCACAUCCUGGUUGACACUAACUUCAUCAACUUCUCCAUCAAGGCCAAACUGGACCUAGUGCAGUCGAUGAUGGAUUGUCUCUAUGCCAAGUGUAUUCCAUGUAUCACAGAUUGCGUGAUGGGUGAAAUCGAGAAGUUAGGACAGAAGUACCGUGUGGCAUUAAGAAUUGCCAAGGACCCUCGGUUUGAACGCUUGCCAUGUAUGCACAAAGGAACCUAUGCUGAUGACUGCUUGGUGCAGAGGGUCACUCAGCACAAAUGUUACAUUGUGGCCACAGUGGAUAAAGAGCUCAAGCGGAGAAUACGAAAAAUCCCUGGAGUGCCUAUAAUGUAUAUUUCCAGGCACAGGUACAAUAUUGAGAGGAUGCCAGACGAUUAUGGAGCUCCUCGAUUCUAACCUGUCCAGCCAAGCCAUCAAUGCCAGGACUGUGAGCCAGGAUGAGGGUUCUUCAGAUUCCAACCCUCCUGCUUCUUUUGUUGGAACUCUGCUCAUAGGACUGUGGAUAACACCAAACUGACUUCUUAACCUUGUUUUUCUAAGAAAAAGCUAUUUUGAAGAGUCUGGUUUUAUUCAUCCCUCCUUUGCAUUGGUCCAAUUACCUACAGCUGGGAGAAGCAUAUCGGAAACAGAGGACAACAGGACCAAGAAUGUGCCUAGCUCUGCAUCAGGACCAUUGGAAAAAAUGAUUUCAGCAUUCUGAAUUAAAUAUUGAUGGUGCAACUCUGGCUGAGAAUGAAACAACAAGAGAUUUUAAAAGUUUCCUACUGCAGCACCUGGAGUGGGACAGGUAUUCCUUUGGGAAGCUACCUCACACCUGUUUAGUCAAAUCAGAAUCCGCAUUCUGCAGAAAAGACAUCAGAUCUGCACCAGCUGGUGGCUUUCUCUGGAAAAGCAGUCUAGAUUUUAAUUCAGAAUUGAUGGGCUUUUAUUCAGCUGCAAAGUGAAUGAAGUUUGUUUAAGUGUCCUCUCAGACUGAUCUUUCUGUACUUGUUAGUUGCUGGUCCUUUCGCUUACAUUUAGAGUGGUGGAGGGCAGGGUUGGGUCGGGACAGGUCUCUCCCUCCUGUUUGUUUGCACCUCAAAGCCUUAUCACUUUUGUUACUUAUCAGGGACAAGAAAGAAAGUAUCUAACAGGCAAAGGUAUCAAUGUGGCUGGGAGCACAAUCCUUGUAGAGGAAUAAGAACAAUGGUUGCAGGUAAAGAGUCGUCUUCAGAAUUUGCUGCAGGGAAGGAAGUGGUCAGGGAGGGAAGGAAAAGAAAUUAUUAAGCCACAUGAAGAAAGGUAGGUGGGAAAGUAUUUCAAAGCUAUACCUAUGCAUUCUCCUAUCUCCUCCUUUGUUCCUUCAUUUUUAGCAAUAUAAUUUGCUUUUAUGAUCCCUGCUGUGUGGUGAGGAGAGGGUCACCAGGAGCCAACAUGCCAAAGCACGUUUCCUGGCCAAAAUGAUGGAGGUAUAGUAUA